CAAUGCAUGUACACACAUUUACUCCAACUCGGAAGAUGGCGGCGGUUGAUAACAGACAUGUCCGUUUUGAAUAUCCCCACAGGGCAGACGGGCAACAAGAUGUCCCCACCGAAGCAUUCAUACACAUCCAGAAGAAAAAGGUGUUGGAAGCAUAUAUACUAGCAUUGCCGUUUGGAUGGCUUGGCUUUCACCAUUUCUACUUGAAGCGACCUGGUUUCGGUCUACUUUAUUUCUUCACGUUCGGGUUGCUUGGAUUUGGGUGGAUUUUUGAUUGGUUCCGUAUCCCUUUCCUAGUGGAGGAAUGUAAUCGCCGAAUGCUGAGAGAAAGAAUACCAACUAGUACACCGAUGCCUCCACGAAAACGAUUAGACGACGCUUACAUACUUGCCUGUUGGCCAUUGGGAAUCCUAGGUUUACAUCACUACUAUCUCGAGCGCUAUGCAUGGGGGCUCGCCUACACGUUCACGCUAAGCUUUCUGGGUAUUGGAUGGAUUAUUGACAUUCUACGCAUGCCUUGGCUGGUGGAAUCUGUCAAUCUGGAUAUGCAGUACCGGUACAGCAGCGGACUGUUGUACAGAACUCCGAUGAAAUCUCUAUGUGACGCCUACAUACUCGGUGUACCGCUCGGAUGGUUAGGGCUUCAUCACUUUUAUCUAGAUCGUGUAGGUUUUGGCCUGGUGUAUUUCUUCACUUUUGGUUUAUGCGGUUUUGGCUGGUUGGUUGACUUGCUGCGAAUGCCCUGUUUAGUGGACGACACGAACCGACGAAUUGCCCGACCGGAUAACAAGAAAAGCCUGUGUGACGCUUACGUGCUAUGGUUCCCGUUUGGUAUCUUCGGAUUUCAUCAUUUCUACUUGAAUCGUCCGUGCUACGGCUUACUCUAUUUCUGUACUUUGGGUCUGUUCGGGAUUGGUUGGCUUAUUGAUUUUUGUCGACUUCCCUCACUGGUGAAAGAUAUUAACGAAAUGCUAGAGAGAAAGUAUCAGCUCUGUCGCAUGACCAAUGACCGAGACCCUAUUGCCAGCAACCAAUCUGGCGCAAGUGCGUAUCCAAGGCAACCACCGGGCAACUAUGGUAGCUUAGCGUCUGGUUCUCAAGGAGAUUAUGAAGGCUAUCAACCUGGAUACCCGCCAGCAGCCGUGAUGCCACAACCACCAUACCCAUAUGGGGCAUCCGAACGAAUGCCACAGCCACAAGACCCGUAUGCCAACAUGGCAGCACAGAUGCCACAGCCACAAGACCCGUAUGCCAACAUGGCAGCACAGAUGCCACAGCCACAGGACCCAUAUGCCAACAUGCCAGCCCCGCCGCCUUACACGGAGUUUCCAGUAGCCGGGCCAUCUACGCAACCUGUUCUCGAUGAAAAGCCUAGUAGUCGCCCUGAAAGUACUGUGCGUCCAACUGCACCUCCCCCACAAAAGAAUGACGAGGACUAUUAACUCGUGUCAGUUCAAGACAUCAACAACAUUAUUUACAUUUCUGGCACCAAAAAAAAAAACUGUGCAUGCUUGGUAGCCUACCCAUAGUGCAAUGGUCACAGCGAAGAGUGCAACAACAAAUUAAAUAAACGGGAUCGAACAGAAAAUGUGCCGGAUACACGUGAAGACAUUACGUACACCAACCUUGCUUACAUGCGGUGUAAUAGCAUACUCGUUUGAUUUCCCAAUAUUGACUUUAAUAGGAGUUUUGUUAAAAAAACAUUUUGGGUGAUUUUAUAGUCAGUUCAUUGUUGAUAGCCUCCACUCUAGAAUUAGACUGACCCAGCCAUGACAAUUUCAUUGCUUUAUUUUAUAUGAUGAUUGCUUGUAAUAUGAAUUUGUAAAAUCCCGGUUAUUGCUGCAAAAUGUAUACAAUUUGAAAGUGGAAAUUGAUUCAUUUUUAUACAUUUGAAUUAUUUUCUACAUGUUUCGUAUUAACUUAAACUAUAUGCCAUAUUCUUUAGACUAGAUUCCGUCUAUGAGACUUUGAAAAAUCUACGAAUAAGAAAAUUAGUGAAUCGACUUUUGUAAUGUUUUGUUAAGUCUGCGCAUGCAUACUCCCAUGAUAAUGUCUGACGUCAUGGAGACAGGCAAUAGGUGAUGACACAGAGUUCUUAUUUAACCAUGUAGUUACGCAGCGAUUCAGCAAGCAAUUCUUACAUGCUACCGAGUAAGGGCCAUAGCCCUAACUGUCUAGCUACUAGUAUUUUGAAUAGUUACUUAAGACAACGAUUACCGAAUAAUGUCGUUCUCCGAUGUACUCGGAGUGGCGGAACUCCAUACUUAUCUGGGGUACUUGUUUAAACAUGUACAUAUUGAAUAAAUGGCAUGGCUUCUUUUCUACCAAA